AUGUUGGGGUGGAUCACUGGGCAGAAUGGCGAGGCAGCAGGCUCCGCAGACGACUCAAAACUACCAGAGCCGCCAGAGACCCCCGCGCCCGUCUUCGCAAUACGCGCCUUCAAAAGCGCCCUUUUUGGGACACCAGGAGCUGAAGAGGAUGAGAACGGAGAACCCUCUGUUCGUCCGAAGCGCCAUGCUGAUCGUCUUCAGCAGAGGGAGGGUACAGUUCCACAAGCAGCUGAAGAACGACAAGCCGACGCGAAGGAAGACAAAAAAGAAGAUCAACAGCCAGCUCCGCAGUCAGCGGCAUCGCCGACGAAGAGUAUCCUAGUCACCCCGGGAACCACCUCCAAUCGCCGCAAAACCGUCUCGUUUGGUGAUGUUGUUCUCCAUAAUGACCAGGAGAAGGAUUUGGUUUUAUCCAAAACAGCGAAUACGACCUUCCAUCCUCCUUCUGGAAACGUCUCGUGUCAAUGGAUGUCGGGCCAAUCGGAGGGUAAGAGCAAGCCUAGAAGCAAGCUCACCCAGACCUUACUGGAUGCACGCGAAGAGUCUACGAAGGAGGAACUCCCAAGACAUAUCGAGCCGGCGAAAAUUGAUAAGGGCUCUGCCAAGGAGACGCAGGAGGCUCCUGUGCUCCCCAAAGCGGAGGAAAACAAUGACGAAACCAUCAACCUCGACGAACCACGUUCUCAAUCCGGCCAAUACUGGAAAGCCGAAUUUGAAAACUACCGGAAGAAGACAAAUCUGGAAAUGAGGAAGCUUAUUCAAUAUCGCUCUGCUGCAAAGUCUUACGCCCGUAAAAAGGAUGCAGAAGCACUACGCUUGGCGGAAAAACUCCGAGCAGAGGAGGCAAAGGUUGCUGAAAUGGAGCGCCAAGUCACCGGCCUUGCCUCGAACAUGGUUGGAGGAGCCGGAGAUGCCGACAAGGAGAAGCUUCUUCAGGAACUCGCAAAGCAAACAGCCUUGGCGGUGCAGUACAAACACAAGGUUGACACACUGCGCAAAGCUCUCGAACAGCACGGCGUUGUUGGCAGCCCCAAUGAGCAGCAAGAAGCGGAGAAUCCGUCUAAGGGAGUUGAUGAAGAACUUCGAAAGACGCAGCAGGCGCUGGAACAGGCAAAUGCGACAAUCGAAGAAAUGAAACGACAGCAGGGUGACUUAAAGAAGCUCCAGGAUCUAGUGCAGAGCUCAGAAAGAAAAGCGUCGGAACUCGAAAAGGAGAAUUACUCUCUUAAAGAGACUCUGGCACGCGUCAAACAGGAGAUGAACAAGUAUGAGGGCCGACGAAAGGAAAAGGAAGCGAAAUUGAAACAGAGAGAAGCCAAGUUGGAGAGUAGGAUCCAAGAGUACAGGGAGAAACUCAAGGCCGCUGCGAAAGAGCGUCGGGAAGCAGAGGAUGCUCUGAAGAGAUCCUUCCAGGAGGAGCGGAAAGGAUAUCAGGAACAAAUCGAGGCCUUGAAGAGUAAAAUCACUACCCUGGAACGUUUGGCGAGGGUAGGACACUCUGAAGAGAGCGCGUACAACCCUCGGAAGGACUACACAGGGGUACAGGUCCAGGACUUUGGAGCUCAACACGGUCAGCUGCGGAAACAGGCCAAAUAUAACUCGCAGCAUGACUUUCACGAUUCAAGGAGACCUGGCGGAGGCGUGAAAAUUUCGGAGCAAGACGCAGAACCGCUGAUUUGGUUGGAUGACUCUCCCCCGAGACUUUCUCACCGUCGCUCCAACACCCUUCCCGGCAAUGAUGACUUGGCAGUUCCACCAUCCUCGCCCCCUCCAUUGCCUGAGAACCGGCACUUGAAACAUCCGAGGCGUUCGUUCGAAUCUCCUCGUCCUACUAUGAUUACUUUCCCUACACAAGCAGCAGACCGAGAGGACCAUCCAAGGACGCGACAGCGCCACCCUCCCAAGAAGGAUGCUUCUGAUACUUUUGCUGCGCAGCACGCUGGCUCUGCAGCUCACGUGGGGUCAGAGUCCAUGUUGCAUAGCAGAGUGAGCUUAGCCAGCGUGAAACGAGAUGCUCUGUCUCCGGAGAGGAUAGCAGCUGCAAAAGCACGGCUGAAGCAAAAGGAAGAAAGCAGAAAAAAGGGGGAUGGCAAGGAAAAUAUCCGAGAGGUUCUGAUCUGA